GCCCACAUUCGGGGCGCACAGAGCUGGGGGGUCCCUGAGGGGCGCCCGGAGUUAAGAUGGCGUCCGCCACCGAGGGGGCCGUGGGCACUGCCGUGGAGCUGGUGAAGGUGCUGCGGGCGGGGUUCGAAGAGCUGAGCCUUCACAAGUUGGCGACGUCCCUGGGCGCGUCAGAACAGGCGCUGCGGCUCAUCAUCUCCAUCUUCCUGGGUUACCCGUUAGCUUUGUUUUAUCGACAUUACCUUUUCUACAAGGACAGCUACCUCAUCCAUCUCUUCCACACCUUCACAGGCCUCUCGAUUGCUUAUUUUAACUUUGGAACCCAGCUCUUCCACUCCCUGCUGUGCGUUGUGCUCCAGUUCCUCAUCCUCCGGCUGAUGGGCCGCACCAUCACGGCCGUCCUCACCACGUUUUGCUUCCAGAUGGUCUACCUUCUCGCUGGAUAUUAUUGCACAGCCACUGGCAACUACGAUAUCAAGUGGACCAUGCCACAUUGUGUUCUAACUUUGAAGUUGAUUGGUCUGGCGGUUGACUACUUUGAUGGAGGGAAAGAUCAGGGCUCCUUGACCUCUGAGCAGCAGAGAUAUGCCAUUCGGGGUGCCCCGUCCCUGCUGGAAGUGGCUGGCUUCUCCUACUUCUAUGGGGCCUUCUUGGUAGGGCCCCAGUUCUCAAUGAACCACUACAUGAAGCUGGUGCAGGGACAGCUCACUGACAUCCCAGGGAAGACACCGAACAGUAUCGUACCGGCUCUGAAGCGCCUGAGUCUGGGCCUGGUCUACCUGGUGGGCUACACUGUGCUCAGCCCCCACAUCACAGACGAUUACCUCCUCACCGAAGACUACGAGCACCACCCUUUCUGGUUCCGCUGCAUGUACAUGCUGGUCUGGGGCAAGUUUGUGCUCUACAAAUACGUCACUUGCUGGCUCGUCACGGAAGGAGUGUGCAUUCUGACGGGCCUGGGCUUCGCCGGCUUUGAUGAAAACCGCAAAGCCAAGUGGGAUGCCUGUGCCAACAUGAAGGUGUGGCUCUUUGAGACCACCCCUCGCUUCACUGGCACCAUCAACUCCUUCAACAUCAAUACUAACGCCUGGGUGUCCCGUUACUUCUUCAAGAGACUCAAGUUCCUUGGAAAUAAGGAAUUAUCGCAGGGUCUCUCGUUGCUAUUCCUGGCCCUCUGGCACGGCCUGCACUCAGGAUACCUGGUCUGCUUCCAGAUGGAGUUCCUCAUUGUGAUGGUGGAAAGGCAGGCGGCCAGCCUCAUUCGGGAGAGCCCUGCCCUGAGCAAGCUGGCGUCCACCUCCACCCUCCACCCCCUCUUCUACUUGGUGCAGCAGACCAUCCACUGGCUCUUCAUGGGCUACUCCAUGACCGCCUUCUGCCUCUUCACCUGGGACAAGUGGCUGAAGGUGUACCAGUCCGUCUAUUUCCUGGGCCAUAUCGUCUUCUUGAGUCUGCUAGUCAUACUGCCUUAUAUUCACAAAGCACUGGUGCCAAGGAAAGAGAAGCUAAAGAAAAUGGAAUAACCUCAUUUUCCUGGUGGCCCAGAGCAUGGCGGGGGCCCGAUCGGUUUGUGUCCCUUUCACAGGACCCCUGCCUCGCCCGCCCGCCCCUGAGCACACAGAACACGGAGCCAGGGACUGGAAGACAUGGCACUCCUUGCUGUGCCUCUGCUGACAGCCAAGUCUUCAUCCGGGCCAGAGGGGACUCUGUGGGCGGAGCCGAGGGGCCUGUGUCCCCCUCUGGACUCCCCCAGCACGCUGCCUUAUCUCUCCCCCUCUAGCCAGGAAGCUGUUGGGUUUUUCUUCUGCCAAUUUACUAUGAUUGUAUUUGUGCCCCUACCACCCCCACCCCCAUGGGAGGGGGGAAGAGACGUGGGGUACACGGCCCCGCCUUUUCUACCUUGGAACUGUACCGUAUAAAAUCACUCUGUUCCGUUUUUCA